CCUGUAGAGCAGUAAGUUGUAGCAGUCUGGUUCUUUAUCACCACCAGUCUACCAGCGCAACAAGCUUGUCCUUCACACGAUUGAUGGUGUAUAUGUGCAUAGAAAAUUACCGGAAUGUGAUUGUGGGAAACGGCAGGAUUGUCCGGACGUUCCCACUUGGUACACUGGAAGUUUGCUGACCGAAAAAUUCGAGUCUCCUGCUUCGUAUAAGACACCCCGAGGACCACUAGGGCUGGGCACCUCUGACGGCCAACCCUUGUAGUUGGGUGUUCAAGCUCUUUUGCCCUGACUGAACCUCAUCUGUUCAGCUUCCUUUGGUCAACCUCCUUUGGUAAUAUUAAGUUCAGGCCUCAUGGAGCUGGGAACUGGACACCUGCUGUGCACCAGGGAGCUUGAUCCAUGCCUGGUUCCCAGCAAGCAACCAUAAGGGGUGGGAAUCUUAAUUACCCUCAGUUCCUUUUCCCAUCCGCCCCCUAAAUUGCCCCUGUGGAGAUAUUGUCCUGUGCUGUCUCUGGCCUGCAACAUGAUUGGCAAGCUGAAACAGAACUUGCUGGUGGCCUGUCUGGUCAUCAGCUCACUCACGGUGUUCUAUCUGGGCCGCCACGCCAUGGAGUGCCACCAUCGCAUCGAGGAGCGCGGUCAGCCGGGUGGAAAUCUGCCUCUGUCAGCAAUUGGUGGCAGCAUGCGGACCACUUUACGGACAGGCCAGAAUCUCAGUUCACCUUUUGUUUACAACAAAGACAUGCCACUCAUCUUCAUCGGCGGUGUGCCCCGCAGUGGAACUACACUAAUGCGAGCAAUGCUUGAUGCCCACCCAGAGGUACGCUGUGGCGAGGAAACCCGUGUCAUCCCACGUAUCCUGGCCAUGAAGCAGAUGUGGAGCCGCUCAGGCCGAGAGAAGAUGCGCCUGGAUGAGGCAGGUGUGACAGAUGAGGUGCUGGAUGCCGCCAUGCAGGCCUUCCUGCUGGAAAUCAUCGUCAAACACGGAGAGCCUGCGAACUUCCUGUGCAACAAGGACCCUUUUGCACUGAAGUCACUUGCCUACCUGGCUAAAAUAUUUCCCAAUGCCAAGUUUGUACUGAUGAUUCGUGAUGGGCGGGCUUCAGUCCACUCCAUGAUCUCACGGAAGGUGACCAUUGCUGGCUUUGAUCUGGGCAGCUACCGGGACUGCCUGACAAAGUGGAAUCGGGCCAUAGAGACCAUGUAUACUCAGUGCCUGGAGGCAUCAAAUAAAUGUUUACCAGUGCACUACGAACAGUUGGUCCUCCAUCCUGAGAAAUGGAUGAGGACACUGCUUAAAUUCCUUGAUAUUCCUUGGAAUGAUGCUGUUCUACACCACGAGGAGCUCAUUGGGAAAGCUGGAGGAGUGUCCCUCUCCAAGUCCAAAAAGAGCUCCCAGAGGACUGUCCCAUCGUCCAUGAUCCUGUCACUACAGUUAGAGAGAGGCUGAAGCGAGCGCUGCUCUGAAUAAAGAUGCACACCCUCCACUGAUUGUGCUAAUGUGACUCAGCACCCCCCAUAUAACUACAGUACAUUUUUGUUUGAAAGUAGUCCUGUGUACUCAAAUAAAAAUCAGUGUCAUACAUUUUUUGAAUAUUUCCAAUUAAAAACCUUUUAACAACAGAUGAAUAGAUUCAGUCAACAGAAACGCUUGUGUGCAGCUGUCUCUGUUCAAUCAAUCAAUCAAUCAAUUUUAUUUGUAUAUCCCAUAUUCAUAAAAUCACAAUUCGUCUCAUAGGGCUUUAACAGGGUCUGACAUCCUCUGUCCUUAACCCUCAGCAAGAGUAAGGAAAAACUACUAAAAACCCUUUUAACAGGGUAAAAAUACAUAGAAACCUCAGAGAGAGCCACAUGUGUAGGAAAACAUCAUUAAGAUGAAAUUUUUAUAGCAGCAUUUGAUGAGGGUAAACAUCCCGAAGGACAGCCCCAACAUGACCUGCCAAGCAGUCCCACUGCAAUCACAGUUCAUGGUCAGCAACCAGCAGGACCACGAUCCACCAUCCAGACCAGAACGCCACUCCAGUCCUCAGUCACCGUCCACCGCCGCCCACCAGGACCCACCACGAGCUGCCGCUGCAGUCCUGGUCACGUGCCCAUACCCGAUGCCAACGCGACACAGGAUCCGCCACCACCACCACGAUCAGCCCACACGACACAGAAUCCGCAACACUGGAUCCACCACCGUGACCCCCGAUGCGCGAUCCACAAACCGCAAUUCAGGGUGCGGCCACAGGGGCCCCGGAUUUGCGGGUGAUAGAGCAAAGGAAUUACGGGGAAGGGGGAUAGGGAUGGAGAAUAGGAAGGAGAAGCUCGAAAGAGAAGCUCCCUGGGUCAUGUGUCAUAAAUUCCCUUUGCGUGUUAGCGUCAUCACAGAUUUUUGCCUUGUAAUCAAUGAUACAGGCCGAACUUGAGGCUACACUGAGGCUCAAGGUAAAUCUGACUGACUACUGGUUUGUAUGAUAGAAUGAUGAAGACCAUGUGGCCCACUCAGUAGAUCAGCCAUCAAUACCUCUAUGCCUUUUUUAACUUAACGCUUAAAAAAGGCACGCUUCCUAACUCUACUUUCACUCCAUGCAGGUGAACCUACAGUGCCUCCUCACUAUAGCAGCUGUCAUAAGUAUGUAUAUUUAUAAUAAGACGUUAUGUUAUUAAAGUUAACAAGUUAUGACCUUGAUCAUUACAAUAAUCUAAAUUAUACAAAGCCUAAUGCUAUAAAUUGACCGCUACUUAUCCAUAGGUAAAAAAGAGUGGCGUGCAAACCCAGCAAUACAGACAAUAAUUCAGACCGUAUCAAAGCAAAAACAAGCGUCAUAGGUGUUUUUAUAUUAGCAGACAUGCAACCAUUCUCUGUUGUUGAGAAUGCAGAAACACACUUAAAGAACUCAAGCCCUGCUACAAAGUUCCCUCUUGUCCGCAGUCAGCAAGUCGAAUCAGCCCUUUAAAAACCUCUGUCCCUAGCGUGACGGUGUUCUUCACAAUGGGAGACAUUGUAAGUACCAGCAGGGCCACCCUUUAUGCAUACAAUGUGGACAAGUACAUUUUUAAAAUAAAACAAAUUUAAAUGCAUGGAUUUAUAUUUGAUAAUUAUAAUUAUACAUGACAAUUAUGGUGGAGUUAAUUUUCUACAUGCUACACCUAUAUGGAUAUUUGU